AUGUACUUUGUUUUUGUUUUACUGUAUUCUCACAACUGCCUCUCUUCAUGGAGAAACACCAACUGUUGUCAAUGGCAAGGAAUACGCUGUGACAACGUCACAGGUGCUGUCGUUGCAGUCGAUCUCCAUAACCCAUCUCACGUGGAAUUCUGGAACAUAAGUGGUGAGCUGAGACCAUCUUUGAUGAAGCUCAAGUCACUAAGUCAUUUAGACUUGAGCUUCAACACGUUCAGUGGAAUACCAAUUCCCAAGUUUUUAGGAUCACUGAUGCAUUUGCAAUAUCUGAACCUGUCAAAGGCUGGCUUUGCUGGUUUAAUUCCACCUCAUCUGGGAAACCUUUCUCACCUGCAGUCUCUCGGUCUCGCUGAUUAUAGCCUGCAUGUUAAAAAUCUAGAAUGGGUGGCUGGCCUCGUAUCUUUGAAACAUUUUAGAAUGGAUGGAGUCGACCUUCCAUCCGUAGCGACAACAGAUUGGGUUAGUGCAUUAAACCAACUACCUUCUUUAAUGAAAUUGCAUCUAUCUUCUUGCCAACUUUUCGGACAAAUUCCAUCUCCUCCAUCUCUCAAUUGA